AUGGAUGGCGUUAUCCUCGAAUGUGAUGGCGUUGUUAUCCUCUUUAAGGGGGGAAGGGAAGUGGGCCUGCAUUGCUCGUGGUCCCGCACUGCAGCGGGCUGUAACAACUCAACACUGGGGGAGCUCCGUCGGCUGGUAGCUCACCCUCGCUGCGUCGCGGUCGGGGAAUGUGGACUCGACUUCAACCGCAACUUCAGCCCUCCAGAAAUCCAGGUGGAGGCCGGGGUGCGGGACGCCGGGGAGCGCUUCGCGGAGAUUCUAAGCCGUCACAUGCCUCUGCCGCCUGCCGCUGUCGUUCAUUGCUUCACCGGCAGCCGUCGAGAGCUGGAAACCUUCCUCGAGCUGGGCCUGUACAUCGGCAUCACGGGAUGGCCCAGUAAAGCCAGGCCAGGGCGCAACGAACCAGCGUUGUUGCCACAUGUGCUUCAGGCAGCAGCCACCGCCAUGGGAAUCUCAUCAGACGAGGAAGGAGCCUCCUGCAACUGCAACCCGCACGCAACCGGUGUCUGA